AUGGAGUCUGAUUAUCCCCCGCUUUCCUCCCAGAGAAUUCCUGAUAGUCCCUCGCAUUCAGGCCAAGCUCGGACUUCUAAUGGGAAUAAUGCGCCGCUAAAUCAACAUUCUGAUAAUCUCUAUCGCGGAAUAGAAGUGGCUCCUAAUGGCUCCAAAAUCCGCUAUCAAAUAUUAUCACGAGAAGGCGACGCGGUCUUGGAGUAUGUUGAUGCGGGUCCUCGUGACAUAGCUACCCAGUAUCGUUGGCAGGUAUCUAGCAAUAACCUGAGACGAAACAGCCCCUUCUUUUCUGCUCUGUUAGACCCAAAUAAGUUCGCUGAGGGAAGGCUUUUUCAAGAGAAGAAAUUCGGAGUAAAUCAGUCUUCCAAUAUUUGUACCGAUGUCGAUGUCCCUGAAAGCGAGCAGCAGCAAUCUGAUGAGAAGAUUAAAGAAAACCUGCCUUUAAUUAGUAUCAACCUGGUUCCAUUGACGGGCAAAGGCCGAAUACAGAGUCUGGAAUUAUUCCUCAAAUUGCUGCAAUUUGAAGGCGACGAUUAUCAAAUCGCGCAGCUGACAGAAGAAAUUGACCGGCAGCCGAUAUCUGUUGUAGCUGGGAUAUUGGAGGUUGCUGACUUAUUCAGCUCCUCAAGCAUAAUCCAUAAAAUCCUCCAACGGGGUAACUAUAAGCCCUCUCUCAAGGGCAAAACCUCAUUAUCGAUAUUCAGUCCAUCCUUGUUGGAUUUGAGUGAAGAUCGGAUUCGACAAAUUAUAUACAUAUCGUUACUUUUGGAAAACAGUACGGUAUUCCAAGUAGCCUCCCAUGCCUUGAUUCUCCUAGGCUCUACAUCGUGGAUAGGCGGGCCUCGAAAUGGUAAGCGAGGGAGCCAUCAAUGGGCUCGUUUUCCAAAUGGAAUUGAAGAGGAGUUGUAUGACCGACGGCAAAGUGUUUUGAAUACGAUCACGGACCUACAGGCUUAUUUUCUUCGGGUAUAUGGCGCCUUGGAAGAUGAACCAAAGCAGAGUCAACCAUUCAAAAACAACAUUCCUCCAGCAGGAGUGAUAUCGAACGUUCGACCGAUUCAAUGUCGCUGGGGCUUCGGUAAUUCGAGAGCCUGUGACUCAUACCACCUCGGUGAAAUGGUUCGUUUCUUUUCGAUAAGAUCCAAAACUAUCUUCCUAGGGUCUACCUUGAUCGAUCCAUAUCAUGAUGAGGAUGAUGAAGAAGAAGACGAAGACGAAGAAGAUGAACGAGAAGAUGAUGAGCCGGAAUAUAUCCAGAGCAAAGCUAGUAGUACUAAGAACAACGCUACAGCGGGCAUAGCUUCUACCAACAUACUUUCUAUAACCGCCUCACUACGCCAAGUUCCCGACUAUCAAAUUGAUGAAAACCAUAUCGGUUGCGGGAUUCGUCGACGUCUACUUCCUGCUCUAGACCGAAUUGAUAGUUUCCUAGGCCAUCGGCAAGCUCUCCUUGGCUUGAAGGAUCCUAAGCUUUGGAAAUCGGGUAUCGCCUCUAAUAAACACAAGCAGAAUCCUGAUUCAUGGAGAAACUGUAGUUUAGGGAAGGUUGUAGCCGUAAAUAUCGAUGCCACAAAGAUUACGGCGGUUGAAAGGCCUAUUCAGAAGCGCUCGCGUAGGAUUUCUACGGCUACUACGAAUGCCAAACCGUCGUCGGAGUUAGCUAGACAAGGAGUGGUGGCAAUGUCCAUGGUACCGCCACCACGUCCAUUUAUCAUAUUGAGAACUUACCUUGAAACGGAGGCCAGGCGACUUUUCACUGCCGAAGAACGGAAAUGGGAAUCCGGUAGACGAUGA